AUGCCAGUUGAGGAAGAGCAUCGCGCCAAGCCGAGCACGACAACCCAUCAAGAUCGCCGACGAACGACCUCGACAGAUCCAACUCCGAAUCAGAUCCUUCAAGAGCCUCAACGGUCCAUACUUCGCGUUAUCAAUCAGACAAGAAGUCGAUUACCUAAGUUCCAGCAUGCGAGGCGUGUGACGAUAACCUUAUCAACUUCCCCGCACGCAUCUCGAAUCGAACGCAAAGGAUUGGCCGCUGAUGCUACUCCAACUUCUCUUCUCCUGCGACUUCCCUUCUGGGAUCGUUUGGGCUGUCAGACUCCAAAUUCCUUAUCGUCGCUCGCGCGGAGUAUCGAUGAUUAUAUCUCGGCGGCUUCCACAACUCCAUCGCAGCAGUAA